CUUUUCGCUCUGCCAAAAUGUCUACAGGUUUUCAAGCCGCACCACAUGUGAGAUACAGCGGAGGAGUCCGAGCGGAGCGCGGAGAAAACGAGGAAAACGAGAUGGAGAUCCUAAACCAUGAAGACCAGUCCAUCAAUACUGCAUUACAGAAAAAAAGUCGAUGUACUAAAAAGAAAUGUUCGGCUGCCAAAAGAAGCCACUUUAGGGCCAUUGCAGCAGUUCUGGCAACAUUUUUUCUAUUGAUAUUGAUUUCAACUGGCAUACGCUAUAUCUCAGUAACUUUGCAGAGAGAUCAGCUCCAAACUUCAUAUAAUGAGCUGAAAGAACAAAAUUACAACCUGAAUAAAAAGUACAAUGAGCUGAUGAAACAAUGCGAAGCAAAUAUUGCAGUGACAGACAACCCACUUACCACCCACUUUAAUUUUCCAGAUGGUGAAAAGGGUCUUUCAACAAGCAACAGUCACUCAGAAGUUGGACUGAACAAAACUUCAAAUGCGACUGAGAGAGGGAACACCUGUCCAACAGGAUGGCUGAGUGUGGGAUGCAACUGUUACUAUGAAUUCAGUGUGACGACAAGUUUGCAGGACAGCAAUGCAACCUGCCAGAGGAGAGGAGGAACCCUGCUGCUUGUAAAUAGCACAGAGAAACAGAGAAUACUUGAAGGCAAAACACCUGAAGAAGCUCUGCAGUGUGGCUGAGCUUCCACCAGGACUUCAUAAAGCCCGAGCUAUCGUGUCGAAACAGAAAACAGUACUCGUGCUUUUCAUGAGUUCAUGGAGAAUACACACAGGAUCGCUGUGGUGUUAAUGAAAGCUUAACACAUUAACAUUUUUGAUAUCUAUUAAAGAAUACUAUAAUAAUAUAACAAUGAAAACCUUUUUUGAAAGUGUUGCAUCAUUUUUGGUGUUGUGUCAGAUCAUUUCAGAGAGCAACGACAGCAUCACUCACGUCUGAUCUGUGACACAUUGUUGGAGGAUCUUUGUAAUUUUAGCUUAGCUCUUAUAUUUCACAAAUAUUUUGAGAUUUUCUUUCUAAUAAGAGUUUUCUUAACCUUUUUAAUCAUUACGAAAUACUGUUGUGUAAUAUUAUACACGAUUAAGUGUAUUGCAGUGUAAGCAGAAUUUUAGCAGUUUAAUGAUUGUAAAGAAAUCAUCACUAUGUUCAGUGUCAGUUAAUUUUAUUUUCUAAUUUAACUGACUGAUAGUUCAGUUUAUACAAAUACAAUCAAUAUACUGUAGAAAUCCAGCUACUCCUUCCUGAGGUAAAUUUAGUGUUUCCGUGUCAUCUUUUUGUAUUAUCACAUUUCAUUCAGUGUUUUAUUUCAUUUGAAAUUUGUGUUUGAUUUCUCUUUUGUUGUAAAAUAUUAAUAUAUAAAAAUUAAACAUGAGCUCUUUCAAUAGAAGAUUUUAAAAAUGUGUAUUGAUAAGUGAAAAUUAUUUGUUUAUUUUUCUAUACUUUGUUUGUGGAACAAUC